CUAGCAAGUAAUCAAACCCAGGCCGUUUCUAAGACAAUGGCGAGGCCUUACCAUUUUACUGUAUAACGCUUAAGACACCAGAGAGGAUCAAUUCAUAUGCUGGAAACCACCUGCCCAGAAAUUGGGGUUCACUGAGUCUUCCAAAGUACCUACAUGCCUGCCUAUUAGUAAGUGCUUAGUGUGUGACUAUAGCUAUCUGUAUUUGCAUAGCAUCAUUAGCAUAUUUGUGACUCGUUACAUGCCGCCUUAACCGUCCUUCUGCUGCGUGUUCACACAAGUUAGCAUGGCGGCCGGACCCUCCCUUAGUCAAAUUUCGGACGACUUUUUAGGGUGCCAGAUCUGCCUCCAGCCCUGCCGUCGGCCCAAGGUGCUUUCCUGUCUCCACACGUUCUGCCAGGAGUGCCUGGAGCUGUUACUCAAACGACAGGAGGAACAACACCAGCUCGAGUGUCCAACAUGUCGGAACAAGACCCAACUUUCGGGUUCUGGAGUCGCAGGGCUGAAGGACAACUUCUUCGUCGAGAGUCUUAACGAUACAGUCAAACUACACAAGACGGUAAUGGAGACAGAGGGGUGUAGCAGUAGUAAUGUGGCGUGCGGUGCGUGUGAGUCAAAGGGAGAGGCCAAGUCGUACUGUGUGGAGUGUGGGGACUUUAUCUGUGAGGAGUGCAAUUCCGCACACCGCCGCAUGAAGUCGCUAAAAGGGCACCAGUUGGUCGGUAUGGAGGAUUUCCGGUCUGGGGCAGUUGUGAAGGCAGCCAAGCUUCGCACCCAGCCCUGCAGGCUUCACGAGGACGAGUCGCUAAAGUUCUUCUGCCAGACCUGCGGAGAGGCUGUAUGUAGAGACUGUAUUAUAAUGGAGCACAAGGGUCACUCCUACACCCAUCUUUCUGAAGCGUCGGCUGCCAUCAAAGAAGAGUUGGCCACCGCACUUCAAAAUUCCGACAAGAAGGUGGCUGAGCUUAAUAAAAAGCAACAGGAAAUUCUGGAUAAGAAGUCCCUCCUGAAGGACACCGUGUCAAAGGUUCAAGACAAGAUAAAUGAAGCGGCAGAGCAAACCCGUAAUCGCCUGAAGCGCAUGUUGGAUCGGGUGGACGCGGAAGAAAAAGAACUGUUGCAGAAAGUGCAGGUUAUUGAAAAGAAGACGGAGGAAAAGUUCUGCGCGGUUCAGGAUACCUUAGAAACUACGAUUGUCAGUUUAUUCAGCACCAGAGAAUUCGGCCGCAGCAUCAUGGCUCAUGGUACUGACCUGCAGGUCGUCAGUGUGAAGACUGAAGUUCAGUCCCGUCUGCAGAGCCUACUGCAGCUGUCUCCUACAGACAUCCGGGCACCUGCAGGGGAGCCCUGGGUCCGGUUUGAUCCGGAUGUAGCCGUGAAGGUAGACAAUGACGUCUUAUUGGUCGGUGACAUCACAGAAGGAUUCAAGGCGACCUUCACCACAUUGGGAACAGAGGGCCGUCUCGGCCCGACUAAACUGGGAGAACACUACAGUGGACAGGACCAUGACGGUCUGGUGACACUCAACAACGGGAUCCAACACUUCAAAGUCAAACACACGGGAACUUACCAGAUAGAAGCAGCAGGUGCCGCUGCAGGGACCGAUCGGAACACAUCACCAGAAUGCCGUGGAAGAGGUGCUGUUAUGAAAGGGACUUUUCAACUUAAUAAAGGCGAGGUACUGAAGAUCCUUGUCGGACAGGAGGGUGCAGAGAAUCGGGGUUAUAACUCAGGUGCAGGCGGGGGUGGAGGGACGUUUGUCACCCGGGACGACAACACUCCCCUCAUCAUCGCGGGCGGCGGGGGCGGGGGGACCGGGAGGUCUUAUCACAGCAUAUUUAGUGACGGUAAUACGAAAACAGCGGGAAAUUCUAGCACUAGAUCUUGGAACGUUAACUGGAACGAAGGAGGGGAGGAUGGGGACGGGGCUGUUGAAUGGGGGUCAGGUAGUGUAGGAGGGGGUGGGGGAGGUCUGCUGACAGACGGGGCGAGUGGUAAAAAUAAAUUUGGCGGUAGAGACGGCGGCGAGGAUGGAGGUGAAGGGGGGAAGGCGUUUUUUAACGGAGGUGAAGGUGGGAGGGGCUCUUAUGGUGCCGACGCAUAUGGUGGUUUUGGUGGCGGAGGGGGUGGGUAUGGUAAAUCAGCAGAAGGGAAGCUAGCAGGAGGAGGAGGGGGAGGGGGAGGAUAUUCCGGCGGGGCAAGAGGGGAGGCCCGUAGGGGGGGAUGUGCAGGGGGAGGAGGUUCAUUCAACUCAGGCAUUGACAGUGUCAGCGCUGGCGUCUGUUAUCCCAAAGAUAUUGAUGGAAAUAACGGACCAGGAUACGUCAUUGUAACACUGAUUAAGUAAAAACUCUAUAACAAUAACUGUGUAAUGACAUUUUAAUAGUUAUGGAAGAGGCCACGGGGCUAUAGCACUAGACG